GUUCGACAAGUAUAUGGUUGUCGUUGUGCAUUCUCUAUAGCAGAUUUAUAUCGCUUGGUUUCGGGCCUCCCUCUAUGUUUGAUGACUGGUAGGUUGGCAAUUGUUGUAUUAUCCUCUUCCUCGCUUUUAUUAACCUCAUCAGAUGAUCUUUUGUUUUUGAGAAACUGCUUCUUUUCAUUGAUAAAUAUUCUCAGCUAUUGGGCCAUCUUAUCAUCAUCACACUCUACUGCAAGCUGUGUUGCUUGUCUUGCGAGGCUCCAUAAUUGA